AUGGACGAUCCCGACCUGUCGUGGCCGGCCUGGAAGUUUGGCCUCAAGAGGGACGAUUUAUUUACGACAUUACACGACCAGUACAACACCAUCACCUACACCCUCCAAGACCCCGAAGCCUUCCACCACGACGUCUACGAAAUCUCCCAGCAUGCGGACACGGCCGAAGAAUUCCAUCGCUUCAUGGCGGCUCGGCAGCGGCAGCGGAUCACCGAACUCGAGGAGUCUCUUGAAUCGCUCGCUGUAGAGAUCAUUGCCAACCCGAAGUUGAUAGGUUCUGACCAGUGGCAGCACGCCGUCCAGCUCUUUCGUACCAAGUCCUACGAUUCCAUUGUUAGAUAUUUUGCAAGCUACCUCCCCGACGAUUACAUUGAGCGCCAUGGACCCGGUUCCGUGGCGUCUACGUCAUCGUCCUUCUCCGAGACCGAUUCUAUUCACACCACCAGCACCAAGGCCAGCAGCGCCGCCGAUGCACCCUACUUUGUCGACGACGACGAUUUCUUUCCCCAUGGCUCCCUUAUGGCGGAGCCUUGCGCAAUGAAUGCGCCAGAUAUGCCUCUUUCACCCGAAUCCGAGGGUUCUCCAGCGGAAUCCGCUGAUUCACCAACAUUCACAUCAACCAACCCACCCUCGCGAUCCAUGUCCUUUUCCGGCUCGGACUCUGGCCGAUUAAGCGCUCGCUUUAUCAGACGGUCUUUGAUUCGCGACGAUGACGACACAUCUCAAUCCGACGACUGCGAUACCACAGUCACAUCUGUCUGUGAUUCUGCAGAGACUCGAUCUUCUUUCGACCCCGCGGAUGUCGCUGACGACAAGGAAGAACUGCCUGUGCGCAUUGUAACAGACGGUGAUGAGGACGACGAUGAGUUUCCUACCGCUCAGCUUCCCGAAGACGAUUUCUGCACUUUAGACUCAUUCGAUACCCCAACCUCUUUCAACAAUACCUCCUAUGAUACCCUUGAAUCCGACACCCCGACCCCCAGGCAAGUUCCUGAAUCAUCAAGUUAUCUCGACUAUAAAAUCCCUACGCCACGAAAAUUAUCCCCAUCUCAACAACGUCCAUCUUACCGUCGCUCCCCAUCACCAAAGUCAUUACUUGGUCGGCGACGAGAGGGGAGCCCUUCCCACGACGUGCGGAGGAGUCCGGAGGAGGCGCUUAGCAGAAUACAGAAGCAACCGCUGGGAGAAUCUAUUCGGAGGAGACCCAAGAGCGGGAGGAGAUGGGGUGCUUGA